GGUAUUAAGUUUUAACUGACUGAAUAUACCUAGGUGACACUGUACAGGGUAUUAAGUUUUAACUGACUGAAUAUACCUAGGUGACACUGUACAGGGUAUUAAGUUUUAACUGACUGAAUAUGUCAGCACAGGGGAUAACAAAAGCUGGCGAUAUACCUAGGUGACACUGUACAGGGUAUUAAGUUUUAACUGACUGAAUAUACCUAGGUGACACUGUACAGGGUGUUAAGUUUUAACUGACUGAAUAUACCUAGGUGACACUGUACAGGGUAUUAAGUUUUAACUGACUGAAUAUACCUAGGUGACAUUGUACAGGGUAUUAAGUUUUAACUGACUGAAUAUGUCAGCACAGGGGAUAACAAAAGCUGGCGAUAUACCUAGGUGACACUGUACAGGGUAUUAAGUUUUAACUGACUGAAUAUACCUAGGUGACACUGUACAGGGUGUUAAGUUUUAACUGACUGAAUAUACCUAGGUGACACUGUACAGGGUAUUAAGUUUUAACUGACUGAAUAUGUCAGCACAGGGGAUAACACAAUUAAAGUCAACUUUUUCUAGGAGUGGAUAACUUAAUAUUAGAGUGGAUAACUAAAUAUUGGACCGUUUUCCUCCAUGUAAGUGUGAGUUGCCACAAUAUCUACUGUAACAAGUCCAAUCAUCGGAACGGAUUAACACAAUUCUUGUUUGAAAGCCGCUAUGUAUCUGCAAGAUGGAACUUACACAUCUACGUCAUUGAUAUAAAAACCCUGGUAUUUCAGUAAAGGGCAUUAAUAUAGAAAAUGAUUCUCCUACCACCUAGACAUUUUAGAAUAUAUUGCCUAAUUAAUUCAACAUGAAAAGAUGCAAUGAAUGAUUGUUUCAAUAAUCUGUAAUGCAAAUUAGAGAGCACGUAGACACUGAAUUGGCAUUAUCAGAUUAAAUUCCCCCCCCCCCCCCCCCCCCCCCCCCUUUUUGAGUAAGGGGAGAUAACUCUUAAUAGAAUUAAAUAGCAUUAAAUUUUAUUAUACACUGUCUGACAUUUUGUAUCGAAUUAGAGGAUAUGAACUAUCAGUCUAUUGAUUUACAAUUGUAUAUCUGAUGUAUCAUUUAUCUAAAAUGUAAAAAGAAAACUCUACUCUUCCUUGCAUUGAUUGAAUACCUCAUUUGAGAUAUACAGAUUUGUUGUUCACUGUCAUUUGUUUAUCAUAUUGGUAAGAUUUUCAGAAAGAAACGGUUAAUAGCAUAAAAACAACACAUAAAUCUCACUAAAGAACUCAGUGGUCCAUUCCUCUGAUGGAGAAAUGAUUUAAUUGUUCUUAGAUGCUUCAGCUCUAUAUCAUGUGGACUGCAUGCAAUUAAUGGUAAUAAUGAUUAUCACAACUUUUUGAAUAUCUUUUCAGCACUUUUGAAAGAAAAAGUUGUCAUUGGUAAAAAUAGCGAAACCCAGCUUGAGCACGUGUUCAUGGGACUAUGUGCCAAAUAUAGCUUUCCUGACUUUUUUCCCACUAUGCUUUAAUUAACUUAUGUUAACAUAUGGUAUGUACUUUACUAAUAUAUCAUGUAUAUGUUAACAGGGGACUGAUUUUUACAAGAUUUAUGGGACUUUGCGCUUAAUGUAGUUUUCCGGACUUUUCCCUACAAUGCCUUAACUUAGGAAUCUGAAAUUUGAUAUGUGGUUAUGGAAUGAGUGGAUAUACAUUAGGUUUCACUUUCAUCACAGUAGAAUUAUUCUAACAACUGAAUUUGAUUCAGUUGCUUGAUUGAAUUAAUUCUUGUACUGUGUCUAAUUCUCUGUAUUUUUUAUUGUGUGAGGCUAUAUAAUUUAAGGCAUACCAAUUUGUAAUUGAGUUCGUCUGAUUCACUGCAUCUAUUUACAAGAGAUGGAAAUUAUGAUAUUUCUUGGUAUGAAAAACAUUAUACCUACCCAGCACUCAUCCAAAAAUAUACAAUUAUAAAUUUUUCAACACAUAAGAGAUUUAAACACCACAUGGUGACAAUGAAUUUCGUCAGUUGUAGUUCUAUAUAUUUAAAAUAUAUUAUAGAUUUAAAAAAAAUUCCCUGCUCAAUUUUUAUAAUUUCUCCCUUAUCUUUUUUUCUUAAUAUUUGUACCUCUGAUUAGGAAAUUUCGUGAAAUAAUCAAUCUUUUACUAAGGAAUUAUUUAAUGUUGGUAGCUAAGACUGUUUACAAACAUGUGAAAUGAGGGUAGUUUUGUUUGCAAGUGAAAAAAUGAGAAAUUGUCAUAUAGGGUGUUAUUUUUCUGGUGUCAGCAGGUAACGUGGAACAUUUCUGACUGAUUUAUUUCUCCUGAAUUUAACAAACUGAUUUUUAAUGAUUUCAUGUCCCUACAUAGUAAUGCAUAGUGAAAAUACUUACCUGUGUGAUACCUGAAGACACUAGGUAGUGGUGAAAAUGUUGAUCUUUGUAUGCUUCAUUGUUCAGAAUACUGAAGAUGAGGUAACUGUUCCUAACACAGCAACACAACUCAUUGUUCAGAAUACUGAAGAUGAGGUAACUGUUCCUAACACAGCAACACAACUCAUUGUUCAGAAUACUGAAGAUGAGGUAACUGUUCCUAACACAGCAACACAACUCAUUGUUCAGAAUACUGAAGAUGAGGUAACUGUUCCUAACACAGCAACACAACUCAUUGUUCAGAAUACUGAAGAUGAGGUAACUGUUCCUAACACAACAACACAACUCAUUAUUCAGAAUACUGAAGAUGAGGUACCUGACACAGCAACACAACUCAUUGUUCAGAAUACUGAAGAUGAGGUAACUGUUCCUAACACAGCAAUACAACUCAUUGUUCAGAAUACUGAAGAUGAGGUAACUGUUCCUAACACAGCAACACAACUCAUUGUUCAGAAUACUGAAGAUGAGGUAACUGUUCCUAACACAGCAAUACAACUCAUUGUUCAGAAUACUGAAGAUGAGUUACCUAACACAGCAAUACAACUCAUUGUUCAGAAUACUGAAGAUGAGGUAACUGUUCCUAACUCAGCAACACAACUCAUUGUUCAGAAUACUGAAGAUGAGGUACCUAUCAGAAUACUGAAGAUGAGGUAACUGUUCCUAACACAGCAACACAACUCAAGGCUGAGGAUAUGAAUGAAGGGUUGUUUGACGCAAUGAUACAGACAUCUUCAUUUGCAGAUAGAUGUUGAUAUGCUUUCAGUAUUGAAAUUUAAAAAAAACUCAAAAGGAGAGUCCAGACUAGACAUGGUCAGUCCCGGCAAAAUGUAUAGACUUCUCAAAUUCUACUGUUUAUCUUUAUUAUGCAUAAACUGUAGACAUCAGAAUAUUAUGCAAAUGGCUUAAUUUGGGGCUAGUAGGGGACA